CAAACAACUCCCAAGACUAUAAUUAUGACUUGUCUCUUCUCGUGUGAGGGAGUGAAACAAUAGUCAGUGUGACUGACUUCUAAAUAUUGGAGCUGGCGAUAACGACAGCCUGCUCCUCCACCCGUCAGAACAACUCAAACUAGAGUAAAAGUGCCAUGGUUUGACACGUGGUGAUUUAAAGAAAAGGAGGAGGGGGGGUCCAAAGAGGCGGGCUGAGCUUUCAAGAGCGAGACCCUUCCACAUGCUGUCAGGAGUUGGAAAUGUGGAGCACCAGAGGAGCCGAGAGCGCACGGGAACUUGUAGAGAGCAGUCCUGCUCUUAUUAUUGUCAUCCCCUCAACUUUUUAUUGCCUCGUUAAAUAAGGUAAUAAUAAUAAUAAAAUCACUAUGGAUGCUUAGUAUUUCUCCGUGCAAAUACCCUGGAGCAUUUUUCUUUUCUCGAAGGAGCAUUCCGGUUGAUGUUCAUAUGACUGAUUUCUACUCGAGGCUAUAGGAGAAACUGCGAAAUGGAGACGUUUACAAUCCACGACAUGCUGAUAAACUCAACGGACCUCAACAGGAUUUUGUGCAGUUUUGGGAUCAAGAAUAUUUCCGAGUGCGAGAGCGAGCAAGACAUCUUACCAGAACCCAAAGACAUCAACCAGACAGUGCGGAUCGCCCUCUACAGCCUCAUCUUCCUCCUCAGCGUGCUGGGGAACAGCCUCAUCAUCGCCGUCCUGGUCAGAAACCGGCGCAUGAGGACCGUCACCAACCUGUUCCUGCUGUCUCUGGCCGUCAGCGACCUGACGGUGUCCCUAGUCUGCAUCCCCUUCACCCUUAUCCCCAACCUCAUGAGGGACUUCAUCUUCGGCAACGGCACAUGCAAGCUGGUGAUGUAUUUCAUGGGUGUCUCUGUGAGCGUCUCCACCUUUAACCUGGUGGCCAUCUCCCUGGAGCGCUACAGUGCUAUUUGCAACCCCCUCACCUCCAGGGUGUGGCAGACAAAAUCCCACGCUGCCAAGGUCAUCACUGCCACCUGGUUGGGGUCUUUUAUACUGAUGCUGCCCUACCCCAUUUUUAGCACCCUCAAGCCCUUCACCCGUCUCAACAACAGCACCGGGCACAUGUGCCGCCUGGUGUGGCCCAACGACAUCAUCCAGCAGUCCUGGUAUGUGUCCCUAUUGUUGCUGCUCUUCCUUAUCCCUGGGAUCGUAAUGAUGACCGCCUAUGGACUCAUCUCAAUAGAGCUCUACCGGGGCAUCAAGUUUGAGAUGUCCAACAGGAAAGUUGGCAGAGACAGACAGUCCAGCACUAGCAGCAUUAAGCCAGGUGACAGCGAUGGCUGUUACCUGCAGCCAUCCAAAAAGAAGAGUUUGACGAUGAACACCGGUAGCUCCAUGAUGGGCCGCGUGUGUGGCAGCGGCAGCUCCACGUCCAACCUGAUGGCUAAGAAACGUGUUAUCCGAAUGCUGCUGGUCAUUGUGUUUCUUUUCUUCCUGUGCUGGACCCCGGUCUUCGUGGUCAAUGCAUGGCAAGCUUUCGACCGGCGUUCGGCCUACCGUCUCACCGGCGCGCCGAUCUCCUUCAUCCACCUGCUCUCCUACACUUCGGCCUGCGUCAAUCCCAUCAUUUACUGUUUCAUGAACAAGCGCUUCCGCCAGGGUAUGCUGGCUACCUUCUCCUGCUGCAGCUGUUUCAGGAGGGGUGGUGGAGGCAGUAGCGGCUUGACGAGGUCAGCUGGAAGCAGACUAACCCAAGGGGAAGCGGGCAGACCGCGAGAAGGGCCCAAGAGCCCUGAGCAGAAUGGUCACACGUCGCCAAGUGGAAGCAGCACACGCUUCACCUACACAGGCAUCCGUGGAUCAGCCUGGAGUGAGCUGACUUAAGUCGGAUUGAUCCGUCUGUGCACCAAGUGUACUGGCCCAAGUGCAAGCAUAAGAUGGAGAGCUGUGGUUUGUUGUUUUUGCGAAAAGCUGUCACAGUGCUUUCGAGACUAAGCAAACAUGUUGCUUUAGCGCCACUAUUUUAAUGUGACAAGUAGGCAGAGACUGUGGAGCAGAUGUGGUGUGCCGUCCGUAAAGUCACAGCUGUGACUUUAUCAUAAAUGUUUCCAUAAAGCUUGCAGAGUGGCCAAGUGAUGCCUGUUCAUACUUGCUUUUAGGGCCCACAAGCUUGUCGGAAAAGUGCAAAGUUCUGAUGAAGCAGAGAAUCAGUUUUCAUUUUACUUGCUUUUGUUUUAUACACGCUAGAAACUGCUUCUGAACUGUACAGUAACCAAACAGUAUUUACACAUGCUUCAUUUGAUCCACGUGCAUUACGUGGGCAGCUUUUCACAUAACACGCAGUGCCAAAGAGAGGUCAAUUUUUAUCAUUUUAAAUGGGUUAAUUGAUGCACUGAAAGUUCAAUAAAGUUUUACUUUUAUUUUUUUAAUAGCUGAUCUAAAGAUUUGAUGACGUUAAUCCCAAUAAAUUACAAUGGUGAAAAAUGACCUUUUAAGCCAACAUGACCUUUAAGCAUAAAUAAAUAAAUAAAAACCCAACUAUCUUUUAUAAAAUGACAAAUGAGAAACUAAACAAAUGUGCUUUAGCUUUUAUUUAUAAAUGACAACCACUGAUUUCCAGUUAUUUUGUAAUGAAUCCAAAUGUACUUUCUAAAGCUUUUAAUAUGUGUUAUUCUUUGUAUUAUUAAUAUCGUUAAAAUCGUUGCGUAACAGCAAGUUUUUAAACAUAAGUAAAGGCCGACUUAAAGAAAACAUUUAACCUGGAUAUCAAGUGGCUAGCUUAGCAAUUAGCAAUGUUAUUAAUGGCAAGAAAAGUGAAAUAAAGCUAUUAAUGGCAGGAAACCUAGAAAACACUAUUGGUGGGAAAUGUAAAACAGAGCUAUUAAUGGCAAGAAAAACUGAAAUAAAGCUCUUAAUGGUGGGAAGAGCAUUAAAAAGGCUAUUUAGGGCGGGAAAGUGGAAUAAAGCGUUGAAGGAAAAGGCGGGAAAAUGCUUUUAAUGGCAGAUAAAAGAUACUCUAUAAAUACUCGUGAAGAAUCCUACUAUUAUUGGCUCUAAAGGUCACUAAUAUUUUGCUGCUUUUAUAUGUAAUUCACAUGUACAAAUACAAAUGCAAUAUUUGUUCUGCAAUUAUGCUAUUUGUGUUAAGCUAUUUUAAUGCAAACUAGUGCGACGAUUUCUGCAUAGCUAGCCUGUUACGGGAAAUGACAUAAAAAUUUAACAUGCAACUCCAGAUUUUAUAUAUACAUAAACAAAAAAGUUCAAGCUACAAGUAUAGUUUGAAGAUUAGAGGGUUGUAUAACGAGUUAGCAAGAUGCUUUUUGUGUUUUUGUUUAGUCUGACUAUAUUUCCACGACAACUUAUAACCUUGUCUGGGACAGGUUAUGUUCAGAGCUUUAAUUUAAAACUGGCUGGGAGCAUCAUGUUUUUUUUUACAGUCCAUUAGUGUGACAGAUUCUCUGCUGAAGGAAUGUAUUUUAUUUAUGUAACCUUUAAAGCUUAUUGUCACUAAAGUCCAACUGUACUGUUACAGCUGCACAAAUUGUACCUUCCCACUGGAAUUUACAAGUAUUCAUAUUCAAAUGAUGUGAAAAAUGUAUAAUUUUUUACUUGUUCCUAAUUUGCUCCCAAAAUUCCCUCUAUUAGUGAGACUUUAGCUAUUACACCACAGAUUGAAUUUCAAACUUACCUAAUCAGUUUUACAAAGCCAAGAAUACCUAAUCAAUCAAUAAAAUUAAAUUUACUUUGAGCCUGUGAUUACCAUGUCGGCUUUAUUAGGCAGAAUCUGAGCCAAAGACACUGAGUAACCUUUAAUGUUUAAGUGUUGCCAGUUUAAAAUUUCUGAGCGCUAAAUGAGCUAACGCAAAGAUGCUUAGCUCAUUUAGCUUGAUGUUUAGCUCGAUGCUUGUGACAAGCACCUCUAGAAGACAUUGAGAAAAAACAAACCCCUUAUUUGCAUUUGGUUAUAAGAUGCAUUUCAAUGAAUCAAACAAGUGGAUAGUGGAGACACGUUGCUGUUAACACCUAUUAUGCAUCUUCGAGGUGUUCAGCUAACCACUUCAGUUCAUUUUCUUACUAGCUCCACAAGUCCCACUAGAGCAGGGGUGGACAAUUCAUUUUCCCAAGGGGCCACAUAACAAACUGGGCCCUCCACAGCAGUCCCAGUUUGUUAUGUAGCCCCUUGGGAAAAUGAAUUGCCCAUCCUUGCUCAAGAAGGUCAAAGCACUAGACAAGCGCCAGUCUGGAUGAAAUUGAAAUGUUUUUCAAUGAACAAUAUGCUUGUAUGGGGUUUUCCGGCAAUUGAUAUCAGCCAGGACAAGGUCAGUUGCUACCACCACAUCCUGCAUCAAUGACGUCCUCGCUGGGCACAGACCAGGAAACAUUAACUAUUACACCACAAAAAGCACGUUGCCUAAUGUGUCCCGGACCACCAAGGCAAUGGGUCUGAGUGAUCACAUACAUCUCUGUGGUUGUUUACGCGUGUAUAUAACGCUGUCCGCUUGUGACCCGAUUGCCCAAGAUGCAUUUCAAACCAAGUGUAAACAGGCUCGAAAUGAGCUAUAAUAUCGAUAUUUAGGAAUUUUAAGCACCUAGCUGUGUAAACUUGUGCUUGAAAACAACAUUUUAUGUGUCGUCUGAUCCCCACGCUGCAGAUCAGCCGUAACUCAAUCGCUCGCUGCACAAACGGCUCUGCUGCUGUCCUUGACCCACCUCGUGGGCACGCAGGGGCCUUAUCUUUUUCUGGGACUCAAAACACCUGCAACUCCUCUUCAAAAGGGCCAAUUCCUGGUAUUAUCCAUCCAAUUUCCAGUUAAAUGUUAAAUAUAGCAGCACUGAUGUAGCAGCUUUCUCACUGUAAAUAUAGCCCUAAUGUUCCACUGUAAAUUAUUACUUUAAAGUGCAAUGGCUGCGUGUUUCGUUCAAUAUCGAGGUAAUGGGUUCAGACCUGAAUGUACAAAAGUGAGUCAAGUGAUUUUUAUUGCUUUGUAAUAUACACCUGAGUUUGGCUUUGGUGGAAGAUGUUGUGAUCUCCUGCAAAUCUGCGAUCCAUCGACCAUAUAAAGUCAGUGCGUGCGCACACUUCAGCAGAGCGACUCAGAGCUUUUAACAGCUUUAAAGACAGAGGACUUAAAGGAAAGACGAUCCACUGGGAGUUCGUUAGAUUAGAGCUCCAUUUGGGCUUGGUAAAUGCCCAAACCUCCCCACCUGCAGUCACCUUGCAGCCACCAGAUGUUGAAGCGUCAUUGGACGCUGUUGUUUACACACCAAAUAAAUAAAUAAAUGUCAAUAAUGGGUUAUUUCUUCUCUUCAGCUACAAUCAUGAUUCAAACUAAAAAUAAUCAAAGAAUCAUCAUAAAAACACACAGUGAGAUUUUACAUCACUUUUUUUUAUUUCUCAUUUUUAUGCCAAUAUUGCAAGUUUUUUUUCUCAUUUUUUUUUCUUCUUUUAAUGACAUACAGAUUUGAGCAAUGAUCUGGAGCUGCAAUAUGUACAAAAAACAAACUAACGUUAUGUUAUAAAAAACAAAAAAAAGAACCGUCCCCUUUGUUUUUGACGUUAUUGCUAAAUGUUACAAACGGCACAGGUUUCUACCAUCAGCAACCCUUUGAGCACUGAGUAUACUACCACAAUGACACCUCUGCUUACCAUUUUUACUAGAAUAAUACACAGAUACAGUGAGAGAAGUGGAAGAUAGUGGAGGGGUGUGAGGAAGAAGAGGAGGAAAUGAUAAAUAAAAGGUGAUCUGCAAGCUAAGCGCAACAGGCUGCGUGUUAAAAGGUGGGAAAAGAAGAAAAUAAAGGCGAGGAAAAUGUGAGUGAGGAUGAAACGUGUGAGAGAAAUAGAAAAGUUAGCGCUCUGUAGUGCAAACAGCCGAAUAAGUCUUGAGGAGAAGUAAGGCUGAGUGCGACAGAGAAAGGGCUCCACACUCCUUUUUUUUUUUUUUUUUUUUU